UGUCGUUUGCGCUGGUGUCACCGUUACGUCCUUGCGAUGUCGGAACGUAUUGUGUUGAAAGAUUUGUAUUUAUCGGAAGAAGAUACCAUGGAGGCGUUGGUUUUAAGUGAGGACUCAACGCAGACUUCAACCUUCAGCCCCUUAAAGCUCCAACCCUCUGGGCUGCUUUAUGACGAGCUGUCCUGCGACCCGGAGGCCGCCGCCCCCGCCUCUCCUCCGCUGCGCCCAGUCCCCGCCGCAUACACGGAGGACUUGUGGGGCGAGGACCUCGAGGACGGCCCCGCCGCCAAGCGGGCCCUGGCGGAGGACCCCCCCGCCGAGGCCCAGCACACCCACUGUGCCCAGCGCGACGCCGAGGAGGCCCCGGACUGCCCCGCCGACGAGGUGCCCGCCCUGCCCCACCCCCUCUCCAUGCCCAUUUUUUUCCUCUGA